UUCUUCAGGCCGGACUUGUUUUGUUGAUUAUGGUGUGCACAUAACCACAUGAUAUUGACAAUCGAUAGUAUCGAUACAUGGAUUUCAAUUGUAAGCUUAAGCUUCAGACCAAUGUUUUACUUUGCCUAAAAGAUCUGUAGAUGAUGAAUCCUCUAUUGAUGGAGAAUGAAAUGUUUUGUUUGAAAAGCCUCAGGUGAUUUCAGUGGUUGAUGUUGGUUGUUUGAAAUGACAAGGCAGUGUUUCACAACGAACGAAAGUGAUGGUCGACCGUCCAUGGUCACUGUGUUUUGUUUGGUUAACAACAAACGGCAUUCCACAGCAGGUUGUAUGUGUGUGUGUGUGUGUGUGUGAUGAUGAUGAUGAUGAUAAUCGUAUCACUACAACAAUCAAUCAGUUACAUUAGUCACAUAGUCAUUAUAACCACGAUCAGCAUUUUAUCGCGUUUUAUGACCAACUACUGGUUUGACAUGAUUAUUGAUAUAUGGUGGUGGAUCGAUUUACAAUUCAUUUCAACCCAUCAUUCGUCCAUAAAAGCAUUGCCAUUGCGAUCACUUUACGACAUUUCAAUGCUAACCGUGUGUGUGUGUAAUCACUGAAAUAUUGACAAUGCAGAACGGCAAUUCGAUACAAAAGUCGAAAAGUAGUCCACCCAUCGUGAUUCCCGAUGAUUUUGAAGGUUACCCGUUGGAAUCGUUCCGAAUCACUCCCAAUCUAUCCAAGUAUUUGCAAUCGGUUUUAAUUCCAGGUGGAUUCAUUCAGGAUCGAGUUGAACGGUUAGCAUGUGAUAUAGCGGCCGAUUUGGGCAAUGAACCAUUUACAGCGUUGUGCGUUCUCAAAGGAGGAUAUCUCUUUUUCAACAAUCUGCUGGAAAAAAUCCGACAAUUGCAUCGAUAUCGAUUGCUGGACAAUCCAGAACUGCAGGAUGAAGCACAACAGAUCAAAGUGGAAUUUAUACGACUCAAAUCUUACGAAAACACAAGCUCCACUAACCAGAUUCAGGUGAUUGGUAUCGAGAGUUUGGAAACGCUUCGUGGUCGGAACGUGUUGAUUGUCGAGGACAUAAUCGACACUGGCCGUACUAUGGUCAAAUUGUUGGAUCUACUUGAACAGUACGAACCACGGACAAUUCGUGUGACCAGUUUGCUGGUGAAACGAACGCCUCUGAGCAACGGAUACAUGCCGAAAUAUACUGGAUUCAGCAUACCGAACAAAUUCAUUGUCGGCUGCAACAUGGACUAUAACGAGUACUUCCGUGAUUUGAAUCAUCUUUGCGUCAUGAACGAGUAUGGCAAGCAAAAGUAUUCGUCGUCAAAUCGCUGAGUCAAUCUAUCAAUUGUCGGUUUAAUCAUCAUGAUCAUUCAAUUUUCCGACAAAGGGACCAUUCAACAUUCACCACUGAUCAUUGCAGCACAUGUCAAUCAUCAUCAUUUAUUUGAUUUGAUGCUUUAUUUAGCACACACACACACACA